UGGUCCAGAGCUCAAAGCACGCUGCACCUCCCCAUUCCUCUAAUAAACAUGGCUGAACUGAACACGGACGGUGAAUUAUAGGACUGAAGCCGUCUGCAGCAGCACCACCACAGGACUCUCUCUCUCUCUCUCUCUCACACACACACACACACACACACACACUCUGUUGAUUCAGACAAGACUGGACAUGGCGUGAAUGUUUACAGCGGGAAUCUAAAGCAGCAAAAACUUUGAGUUUGACAGCCGCUAACGAAGAGACUUCAGCGGGACAGACCACAUACAGCUGAGAUACUACGGUAUGCAAAGCACAGACUAAAUACUGCUUUUGCAUUCAUGGAAACUAUGCUUUUAAACACAUCGUCUACUGAAGAAACCCUGGAUUUAAAGCUUUGAAGUAGCCCGAAAAAGUUUUAAGAGUUUUAGGCUGCUCUUAUAUGGAUUUACACUUCGCAUUUUUGUCAUAUCGUCCCGUUUAAAUGAUGUUCUCCGGUAAACAAACGAAGCCGACUUUUAAGUCUUAUCUUCCUCCACUUCAGACUGAUUUGAAGAAAAGUCCUCAACUGCCCAUCAAGAAACUAGAAGCGAAACUUCUACCAGGUGAAAUAGUUGUGAAUGAGGCGAACUUUGUAAGGAAGUGCAUCGGUGCAGAGAGCAGUCAGGAUGACCUCUGGGGGAAACUUGUGUGUACUAACUUCAAAGUUUCCUUCAUUGCCCAUAAUGCCUUGCCACGACAGAGAUUCCAGUGUACCCACCGCCUCUUGGGUGAGCACGAUAUCCCGCUGGCUUGUGUGGAGCAGGUAGUAACAGUGAAUGAUGUUAAGGGGAAGCAGAAGAUUUUAGGUUCCAAUCAGAAGCUGAAAUUUAACCCUACUGAGCUUAUCCUCUACUGCAAAGACUUCCGUAUCAUCCGAUUCCGCUUUGAUGAAGCCGGACCCGAGAGUGCUAAAAAGGUUUGUCUGGCCAUCGCUCAUUACUCCCACCCUGCUGACCCACAGCUACUCUUUGGCUUUGAAUACGUCGGAAAGCGAUACCAUGGAUCAACAGGUGAGCGGGUGAAUGGUGUUGACCCUGGUGGGGGGCUGCAGACCCCCCUGUUCGACUGCUCCUCUGACUGGGACAGAGAGAUCAAGCGUACUGGUGCCUCCGAAUGGAGGGUGUGUACCAUAAAUCAAGGCUAUUUCAUCUCGCCCAGUCUCCCAGAGUUCUUUGUGGUUCCGGUAUCUCUAGCAGAUCAGGAUCUGAAGCAAUACGCCUGCUGCUUUUAUUCCCAGCGCAUCCCAUUGUGGUGCUGGAAUCACUCCAGUGGAAGUGCUCUGGUCCGCAUGUCUAACAUCAGUGACCCACAGCAGCAGAGGAAGGUGGAGCAGCGGAUUUCCAGUGCCAUCACUAAGAGCCACCCCCUCCGCAGUGAUGUCUUCAAGUCGGAUUUGGACAAAAACCUCCCGAACAUCCAGGAUAUUCAGGCUGCGCUGCUGAAGCUGAGGCAGAUUUGUGUUAUAGAUUCCUUUGAGGAGUCUGAAGAGAAGUGGCUGUCAUCCUUAGAGAGCUCAAGAUGGAUGGAGUAUGUCAGGACAUUUCUGCGGUAUGCAGUAGAGAUAGUCUAUAUGCUGGAAAGCAGACAUGUGUCCGUCAUACUCCUAGAGAAAGAGGAUCGGGACCUGAGUUGUGUGAUUUCCUGUCUGGUGCAGUUGAUGUGUGAUCCUCACUUCAGGAGUCUGCACGGCUUCCAGGGUAUGAUCCAGAAGGAAUGGGUAAUGGCCGGGCAUCGGUUCCUCGACCGCUGCAACCAUCUGAAGAAGAACGACAAAGAGGAGUCUCCUGUGUUCCUGCUGUUCCUGGACUGUGUGUGGCAGCUGUGGAAUCAGUACCCAGCAGCCUUUGAGUUCACUGAGGUGUACCUGACAGUGCUGGGGGACAGUAUGUGGGUCCCUGUCUUCAGCACCUUCCUCUUUAACUGCCCCCGACAAAGAGCAGAACACAGCAGGGAUUUUGCAAGCAGUAAGAGUAUUCACCUGGGGCAGGACCAGGCUCUGCGCUUUCCUCCAGUGUGGGACUGGUCUCAACAGUUCAGUCUUAAAGACCAGACUCUCUUUAAUAAUCCCCUGUACGUGGGCAAGAUCGCCACCUGUGUGCAGAACGGCGCAGUAAAGACAUUCACACACAGGCGCAGCAAGAAAAACUACAGCUCCACGCUGCGGGGUCUGCCCUCCACUUUGCGAAACGGCUCGCUCGGACCGAACGAUACCCUGGCACGCCGGAACUCCCUCGUGCUGCGACUCCGUUCUGAUUUGUCUCAGGUACGGGAGCAGCAGGAGACCCCAUCGGAACGCUUCGUUCGGGACUUUUUCUCUCGUCCUGUUGACCUACAGGGCCUGCUGCUCCCCCAGCUCCUCCCAUCUCACCUCUCUGUGUGGAAGCUCUACUUCCUGCGCUGGGUUCCCGAGGCACAGAUUCCUCAGGGCGGCCCCAUCACCACCUUCCACAAACUCUCAGUGCUCACAGACGAGAUUGAAAUGCUCCAGAACCAGUUGAGGCAGUACCAAGGAGCAGCGGUUACUCCCAACAACCUGCACGCAGAGCACAGCAAAAUGUACUUUAAGGCGACUUCGACUCCUCACCAGUCCCCUGCUCCUCUGGAGUACCUCAGCUCCUCGUUCCCUUUCUCUCCUGUGGGCAACCUGUGUCGCCCCGGCAUCCUGGGGACUCCUCUUAGCAAGUUCAACGGAGCCAAGAUCUGGCUCUCUACAGAGACGCUGGCUAAUGAGACGAUUUGAGGGCAGAGCGCUGGGAUACGACUGUGAGGUCACACAAACGGGAAGAUCUAAGGCCUGAAGAUCUUAGGUCUCAUUUGGAAUGUGCAGGCUUGUGGUACUGACAGUUACCUGGACAUUUUUAUUCAGUCUGUUGAGCGUUGUCAGUCAGUGAGGGUUUGUUUUUGCACAUGAUUAAACAUAAAGCUCCAAUCGCACAUCUUUCUGACUUAGGAUUGUUUGGAUCAGUUGUACACUGCCUGUGUGGACUUUUCUCCUCGUGUUAAAAUAUUUGGUGGAUUUUUGUGUGGAGCUUGUGGCAUUAGUUGGAAAGGAAGUAGAACUGGUAACACUUUAUAUUAAGCUUCAAUUUGUUAACAUUAGUUAAUGCAUUAGGGAUCAUGAACUAACAAUAAACUAUUUUUACAGCUAAUAUUAAAUUUCCGCGUGAAUACUCAGAGGUUUUGGGUCAGUAAGUUUUCUAUUUUAAUGUCUACUCUUAUGACAGCAGAGGUGAAUUUUCUCCAGUCAUCAGUCACGUGAUCCUUUAGAAAUCAUUCUGAUAUGCUGAUUUAAUUCUCAAAAAGCAUUUCUUAAUAUCAUCCUUUAUUCAUAAUGCAUUUACUAAUAUUCAUUUAUACAAACUGAAAAAUUACAGUAUGUGUAGAAAUAACAUCAACCUGGUUCUUGAUACCUAAUGCAUUAAUUGAUGACAAAUUAAAAUGUAUUAUAUAGUGUUUUUGUAGAACUAUAACUUAAAUCUAUGGUAUAAAAUGUGCAUAUAUUUUAUCUUUUAAUCCUAAAAUAGUUUAAGAUUUCUUGAAGCCUUCUGGUAAGGUCUAACCGUAGUUAGCUGUAUUAAAAUCAAUAACCAAAAUUGUGAAACUUGAUAUAGGAAUUGACAGGGUUUAUCAGUGUAAACCCCUAUAGCAGGCAAUAACUGUGCACAUACGGGUGCCUCUCAGACCAGCUGGAUUCCGGUCUGUGAGACCCGUCGCUUUCUAAAGCACAGCAUGGCAGUUUGAAGGUGACUGACAGCUGCUCAAGCCAAUCAGCUGGUUGAUUGGACUUGCAUUGCAGUCAGUGUCUCAAACAAUGUCAGAUUAGACAUUAUCAUUUGAGAAAGUUGUGCUAAUGCACCUGUGAACUUUUGCUUUCAUUUGGAGUUACUUUACUUGUGUGACAGUAACGUCUUGGUUUGAUAUGUAGCCUUUUUAAUUAUAGAUUUUUAUUAUGGUUGGGGACUGUAUUUUUAUUUUAUUUUUUUCUUCCAAUUUAUAUUCUUUUACUUGCUUUUCCUAGAACUGGUACUUACCCUUUUCUCUUAAUACCCUUUAACUAGUCUGAAGUAAUGCACAGUAUGUGUGUAGUUUACCACUAAUGCUGUCAUGAGUAUGAAAACUGUGUUGUUUUUUUGUUUUUUUCUAAUAGCACAGUUUGAUUUGUCAAACAGCACUGAUAUUUAUUCAGUUAUGCAAAGAAAUUAAAACAGGGAUAUUGUACAAAUCCUCUGUGCCUUGUUUGUGGGCCCUGAUUGAAGUGUACCUGUUCCUUCUUUUCCCUCUGGAUAUUAAAAAGCUACAAAACACAUCACAGGAGUUUUCCCUCUGGUGUGUGAAUGGAACAAUUCUGACUAAUUCCAAAGCUUGGUGUGGAAGUUAUUUAGAUAUCAUUAGUUGGUCAGUUGUGUCUGUGUAGAGAGUCAAUAAAGGUUCUUAAUUUUAUUUUUUGUUUGUGAGCUCAGGGGGAGCCUUGUGAGGCAAUAUGCAAAAUUUGGCUCUUCAGAUUUUCAUGCAAAUAAAAAGAAUUGCUACCAUUGAAUGGAGACCUGCCUUUUUUGUUCU